CCAUAGGUUAGUGGAGAAAUUAAGUAGGAUUUCAGUUUGAUAUUUUUACAUCAAUCUCAUUGGUGUUCAUAAGUCAAUAAAAGUAAUUCACAAUGUCAUUUUAAGUGUAAACAUUUGUCCUCAAUGUUGCUACAUUUUAUGUUACUGCUAUGCAAUGAUAAUUUGCUAAGAUAUCAUAUAGUAAAGGCUAAUUCUGAAUGAGUAAAUUCCUCUCUACUUCAUGUACCCUGAGGUGGUGGGGCAAGCAGGACGUGAAGUGUUCAUGUUUCCUCAUCAAAGAUGACUUCUUGUCAGACCAGUACUUUGGGGAGAACCAGCCAGCCAGCCAGCCUGGUGACUGAGAAGGAACACUUUGGCGAGGGUAUGCACCAGUGGCCGGUAUGGUGCCUAUGUUCACCCAGGGCCACCCCUGCGUUCUGAAGGUACACAACGCUAUCAGCUACUGGACCAAGAACAACGAGGAGCUGGUUCAGAAGAACUAUAACCUGACCGUGGAUGAGUGCCAUGUUCAGAACAUAGCCAGAGAGUACAUUAAUGCCUGGACAACUGUGGCCCAGACACAGGAAGCCUUCGUAGAGGUUCCAGAGAUGAUUCCCAAAUACCUGGUGAAGUACUCUGUCCGGGAUGGGAAGAAGCUCAACUUGAAGUUGAGAGACUCUGAGGCAGGUCAGAAGUGUUGUGCCUUCCAGCACUGUGUCUACCACGAGACUGAGGGAAACCUACUCAUCACUGACAUGCAAGGUAGGUACAGUAGUGCUGCAUAGACAAGGUUCAGCCUAGCUACUGUACUUACAGCAGUGUAAUGAAUGUGGUAGAUAGAAAUAUAAAUAGUAUCGAACUGUAUACAAACUUUGUUGCAACUAAAAAGUGCUAUCUAAUUUCUCUCAUUUCAUUCUAUGGGUUGGCAUGAGGUUAACAGAUGUCGGAAUAGCUACCUGUAAGAAGGAUGAGUAUAGGAAACGAAAAUACAAUUUUUGAUGAUUUUAAUCAAAUCAAAUCACAAAAACAAUAUAUUAUCUAGUGUACACAGUACAAUAUUACUCACUAACGUAUAUAUGCAACAUCGCUGUCUUUCUAGAUACACGGGAUUCAAUGGGAACUGUUCCACGUCUUUCAUCAGUCAGUUCAAAGCGUCGCAUCU